GUACACGGUCCACCGUACCGCAGCUGUGGGUUGUAUUACACGUUCAGAUGUUUAUGGCGGCAAUAUUUUGUAAAGGUUUGACUUUAAAACAGUGAAGCACGUUACUUCCUUUGCAUUUUUAUUCUUAUCAGACCCAUUUCGAGAAUUUUCGCAUCUCUGCAAUGAUUGUUAAAAACCUGCUUCCCGCCUUAGUAUAGCAGUGUCACUUUCAUUAAGUACAAGUGAUCUUGGAAAAGCGGAUUCGAAUACACAAAGAUGGAUCUGUAAAGUGCGGGCUUAUCCUAGUACGUUAAUUGAAUAAUUUCAGGACUGCAGGAGCUUGACAUUGAGGUUACAAAGACAGAGAUAUUAAUAUCGACAUGAUUGAAACGAGUAGGGAGAAGUCGACGUCGUCUACGGCGAUGACGAGAGAGCGAAUAAUAUGUCUCAAGGUAUGGAUACCACUCGGCGUCGUCAUCAUGGUGGUCGUCGAAGUCCUCUUCGGUCUGCUGAUCGUGGCUAAGCUACCGUUGGGUGUCGAGCUAAGUGGGAGGAUGACGAGGUGGAUGAAAGCCCCCGAGCCCACCAGUCCAAAACCUGUCUCUGCGUGCGACAAGAUUAUUUUCCGGCCCUUUCAGUCUUUAACCUCGGUGGCUCUGGUCAGCUAUCCACAGUCGGGCAAUGCUUGGACAAGGCAUCUGAUUGAGAAAGCUACAGGAAUCUAUACAGGAACUACAUAUAGUUCGGAAAAGAACAACGCCAAAACAUCAAAACAUUUUCCAGGGAAUAAAGUAGAUUACCGGUCAGGUCGGCUUAUCUGCGUUAAGACCCACCGGUACGAACCGAGACACAUCCGGGAAUUCGAAGCUGCCAUUUUAUUAUUACGUCAUCCUUUCCAGUCGAUCCUUUCCGAAGCUUACCGACAGCACAUCUUAAAGCCGACGAUGACCGAAAUAGAAAGGGAUACUGCACUCAAGAGCCAUAGAUUCAGGGUCUUUGUCCAGGGUGAAAGUUUACGCUGGAGAAACAUCGCCCUCAGGUGGCUGGAACUUGCCAGGAGCACCUACGUCAUACACUAUUCGGAUCUGAUGUCGAACCCGAAUCAAACCCUCGAGCAACUGGUCCGGUAUCUGAACAUCCCGGUUCGGCAGGACCGGCUGGAGUGCACCCUCACCCAGUAUCCGCCGUUGCUGACGGGGGAAGAAAGAACAGAGAGAUUGCACCGUCAAAGGGAAUACCUGACCGAGAUUCCUUACACGCAGAUGUUGGAGAGUACAAUCAUGGAGUAUGUCGUGGAUGUGAAUAUCAGUCUUAUGAUGAACAGACAGAAGCCGUUUCCAUGGAACUUCACUCUUGAUUGGUACUAAACCAACAACAAAAUAAACAUUUUUAGGGUUUAAGAGAUAUGGCAUCGCCAAAGGGUUUACAGUCAUGACCGACAGUCGUUACAUGCAAAUGUUGGAGAGCAAAAUCAUGGAAUACAUAGUGAAAGUGAAUAUCAGUAUAUGAUGAACAGACAAAAGCCGUUUCCUUGGAAUUUCACCAUUGAUUGGUACUAAACAGAUAAGGAAAUAACUUUUUACCAACCAGUGUUGACGCCCUCUAAGUUCGUUGGGAAAUACUUGCUGAACAACCUGCAGGCAAUGACAAAAUGCCACCCACUUGCAAAUCUUGACAUCGGUUGCUUCAAUUAGGUCAAUUAGGUCCUGAUAUUGUUUCUGACGAAGUAAAAUUGCCCGGCAACUAAUGCCUUGGGCCUACAACCGAUGAGCAUAUCGUCAGGAAAAUACAAUUUUGCAACAAAGGAAUGAUUAGGUCCUCAUCAAAAUAUAUUUUGACCAUUGAUUGAGGAUUGUUGGCAAAUCCUAAAUCGAUCAUGGACAUUUUUGUUUAUCAUGAUGAUCAGAAGAAUCUCUUCGGAGAUAUUGAUGAAAAGAUCAAUGACUGUAUUCGUUGAUACACAGAAGCACAGCCAUAUGGAAUCAUUGUUGGUCAACGUGGUCUGGGGUUUCUCAAUCCGAGAUCUGAACAAUAUACAAGAUCAAAAUCCAGGUUUGCUGACCUAAGGCAUUCGCAAAAAUGCAAACGAAUCGAAUGAGUGUCUUUUUAUUAAGAAAAUAGUAAUUUUCACGGAGUAAUUUGGUCUGAGCAAAUUAAAUGCAAGGAUGUUGAAGUUCAGUUUCUUUUUGUUUUCAUAAAAAAAACAUCUUAUUCAAUUCAAUUUAUAGUUGGCAAAAUAUUCCCCGUUGAAGUUUAAUAAAUACAUUUGCAGCAA